GGGAGCAGACAUGGCAGCAGUGGGAGAGCUGGUGCUGGUACUGGGCUUACUGGUGAGCGCUAACUGUGAGGUGAGGGCGCGAGACCCCGAGGUGGAGGAGGAGGAGGAGUUUGGAGGAAGAGUAGCACCGGGGGGAGGGGGAGGAGUGUUCCCCCCUCACCUCGCGGGGUUGACCCCUGGGGCGACAGAGACACCCCCUCAGGGAGAGGGAGGAAACUACCCAGCCAGGACGGGUAAUUGGUGUGCAUUCGUGCAGAAGCGUGUGGUUACCACGGCGAUAGCGUGUGGGUCAGAGGAGUACACAGUCAAGUCUCAAAGCCCCUGUCCAAGUGGGACGCCCGACUGUCAGCUGGUCAUGUACAAGCUGUCCACCCGGCCGGUCUACAGGCAGAAGCAUCGGAUCAUCACUGCUCUCCUGUGGCGCUGCUGUCCAGGACAUGGAGGACACAACUGUGAGGACACAGUGUUUGGCACAGAGCUGAAAUCUGAAAACUCGGAUCAGGCUGAAGGACCUGAAGUACAGAAAACAGAGUUCCACACCUCAGGUGUUAAGGAGAAGCUCCAGCUGCAGCGUGUUGACCCAGACCGUGAGCAGAAUGACCACCAGACCUCUGGCUACACAGACGACCAGCACAACAGCACACGUCCUGCUCAGACCCAAGGCACUGCCCACAACCCCCAUCCUGCAUCACAUCAAGCUGCAGACUCUUAUGACCAUCACCAUCAACACCAUUCCCAACAUCCUCACUAUCCUCAGCCCCAGCACCUGUCUAACGCCCCUGCUGCCCUCCCUGCCCCCCACAUGAUGGCUCUGGUCAUGUCCCAGCUUCAGCCAGUCCUGGAGGGCUUUAAUCGCUCCCUGGAGCACCUGAGCCGACAGGUGGGGGACCUGGCCCGCGACGUGGCCCAGCUGAAGAGCAACCAGCUUGGGGCUGGGCUACAGGCGCAGCCGCCAGAUGUCUCAGAGCUGGAUGAAGCAGCGGAGGAGCGCCUGAAUACCAGACUGGAUGAAACGCUUCAGCAGAUCAGUGAGGUCAGGAGGCAGGUGGAGAGACAGAGGAUCGACAUGGAGAACAGGCUGCAUUCCCAGCAUGCAAUGCUGCACUACAACCUCACAAGCUUCAAGACAGACAUUGACAUGAAGCUGAAACGCCACCAGAAGAUGCUGCAGAUCAACCUGCAGGCCAUGAACAACACGCUGGCUGAGCUGAAGAUGGAUCAGGAUCAGGCCCCUGAGGAUCUGCCGGAGGAUCACUCUCCUCCUCCAGUCCUGCCUACACCCCAUCCUCUGCAGCCCGCAGACACCUCAGCGCUGUGGGUGGCCAUCGAGCGGCUGGACAACAUGGUGGUCAACAACACUGUGAAAGUGGAUGGGCUGAUGGAGGACCUAGAGGUGACCUCAGGGAGUGUGCAGCAGCUGAGGCGAGACUUGAAGGAUCUAGGGAAGCAGAUCAACCAAACAGCCCGGACCAGUCAGAUGCAGUUCAUGGAGACAGGCUUGGAGGUGGAGGCGGCGAGGGAGGUGGUGCUGAGACGGGUCGGUGAGCUUGCAGGGAACCUGAGUCUGCAGGAUGUGAGGCUGCAGGAGCUGGAUCAGGACUUGGAAUAUUUGUGGAACCACUUCCACAGACAUAACUCAUCUGUAGACCAUGACUGCAAGAGCCUGAAGGCCGCCAUGGCUAAACUGGAGAAGAGCGUCGCCAGUGUGACAGAGCUGGCAAAUGAGAACAAAUUAGCCCUGGACGAAAGCAACGAGGGAGGGGCGGGGCAGUGGGAAGGGACCAGCGACUGGGAGCCGGCAGUAGGGACUCUCCAACAAGGUCUCCAGCAGGUGAAGGAGACUCUGACCUCGGAGCAGAGCAGGACCAGUGCUCUGGAGCAUAGCCUGUCCCAGCUGAGCAGCUCGUUGACGAUUGGUCUAGCAGAGAUCUCAGGCCUGAAGGCGAUCGACAAGAGGCUGGUGGAGGAUAUGAAACGCCUGGACGGCUCCUUCAAAUCUCUGCUGAAAGACGCCAUCAGACACAGCGACGUGCUGGAGCUGCUGCUGGGGGAGGACGUGCUGGAGUUCCUGGAGUGGCCCAUCCAGGACCAGGAUGCUCACUCCAUUCCAGCCCUGAAGGUUCAGCUGAGCCACCUGCAGGAGCAACUGAGAGAACAAAACCAGAGCAUUACCUCUCUGCUGGGGAACAGGCCAGAAGGCAGAGAAGAGGCACCAUCUGCUGAUCAGCCCCCCUCCUCCUCCCACCCUGAAGAUUGGCCCCCUGCAAUCAGCAGCAGUGGAGUCCCAACUAGAGAGCGACAGCUCCUCCAGAGGAGGCAUCCUGAGCUCGGAGGAGACGGCAGCGAUCUGUGGAACCUGGAGAAAACCGUGGAAGAGCUAGGGAGGAAGGUGCACCACCUGGAGGAGAAACACCGCAACAACAGUGUAGAGAGAACAGCGCAUCCCAGUGGUGUGGAGGCCAAACUGCAGGCAGAGGUGCUGUGGCUGAAAAGAGGAUUGGAGGAUCAUUUGAGAGUGUUCAAGAACGUCUUCAGUAACGCUCAUGUGCUUAUGAGCUCUGAUGCCACGCUGCAGCUGGACAAACUGUGGCAGCUGGUGAAGAACAGAGAGAGGAAGAAGGAGAAGAAGACAGGAGAAAGGAGGGAGAGUGGAGGAAGAGGAGGAAACCAGCGGAGCAGGAGGGAGGCAUCAGGUGUUGUCCCCACCAUGUACAGCCAAUCAGACGACCCUCUGCCGCUUGUGGCUGGAUCUCCACGGAGCGUCUCAAACGGAGUCAUCUUGUUAGACGCCUCACUGAACCGUGGUCAGCUGUACUCUGACACCGGUACUUUCACUGCUCCAGUGAAUGGGAUCUAUCUGUUCGUCCUCACUCUGGACCUGAGGCCAGGCCCCGCCCACGUGGUCCUGAAGAGGGGGUCAGGAGGAGCUCCAGUGUCUCUACAUCAACAGGAGGUGACGGAGACGGGGCCUGUCACAGGAGUAAGUCUCUUGGUGCUGAGUGAGGGGGAGGAGGUGAGGCUGGAACUGAACGGAGGAGGGUGGAAGGAGUCAGAGGACAAUGUGUUCACCACACUGCUGAUCCACCGGACCACCUGAGGGCGCUGUGGACCAAUCAGCUCAACAGAGACCCUGAUCAGAGACUCUGGGAGGGGCCAAAUCAGAGACCACAGAGAGACUUUUUUUUAAAUGAAAGUUUAACUUAAGUUUGUGGAGGUUUGUUCCAGUGCACCUUUGGAGUCAUGAAAUUAAAACAUAAAACACUUUACAUCAUGCUUCUAUUUGAAUAUUUACCUCCUAAAAUAUUCUGGACAAAAAUCUUAGCAGACUUCCAAAUCAUCCAACUGAAUGAUAUUUUUUCAAAUGUUAAAUAUUCAUGUUAUUUUUUCAAUUUUCCCUCAUGUAAAAGGGCAUGUUAGGCUCCUGUUAGCCUAGCCUAGCUUAGCAUAAGUAGGAUGAAGACGAAACAACUCACCUGUCUCUGAGUUUAGGCCCGAUAUGUGACGUUUUGAAAAUCAACACAGAAAACAUAAAAAAUACACCAUGUAAAUACGAUGUGGAGUAUUCACUUCCUUAAAAGACAGUACAGUCUAACUCCCCUUGGGUUUGUUGCUCUCAGCUCAGUGUUUACACUGAUGGUGUCCUUCAGUUUGUUUAUAUUUCACUCAAAGGUCAAUCAUCUUUCAUGCUUUAUGAGUGCCUGAGCACUGACCUCUGAUUCACGUUUUAACUAACUACUCCAUGGGAUUUCACCAGAAUGUCUCCAGAUUUUUUUGGUUCAUUCUAGAUAUGAAUGAGAUUUAAAGUUGUGCAAGCAAUGAGUUUUCGCCAUAGGGCCGGGGGGUUGACCAAUCUUUUAAAAAUGUUUUUUUGCAAUGUUUCUAUACAGAUGACUCAAUAGCUUUUCAGUGCUUUUGUCAAUCAGCACCAAAUUUCACAGGGAUAAUCACAUAUUCAACCUGAGUAGAUUGAUGCCCCUGAUUUUUUUUUCUGUGUGGCAACAGAAAUUUCAUCCUUUUUUUUUUCUCCUACAGAACAUUAAAACAUACAGUCCCUGCUCUGCUUAAGGACUAGACCAGUGAUUUUUAGCAUGUGUACUAGGGAUGCACAAUAUUAUGAGCCUGAUAUCGGUGUCGGCAGAUAGGAAAUUUCUGCCAAUAUUUACCUUAAAUAUUUUGGUCAUGAAUAUCGGCAUAUAUCAACUGUAAACUUUGGCCAUAAAUACUAAUAAAUUAGUGGAUUUUUGGGCUAGGCCAACAGAUCUAUGUAAGUAGAGAUUACUUUUCUUUAUUCAUCCUCAUUCUUUAAACUUUAAAGUCGUUUUAAGAAAAAAAGUUUCUUAGUUCAUCUUCAAACCUUAAACUGUGUUCAAAGGACUGAAUUUUUAGUUAAAUAAAGCUUUUUUAAAUAUAAGUAUUGGCUAAAUUGAAUCUGUAAAUAUCGGCAUAUUGGAUAUCGUUAAAUUUAAAAUUGUGCAUCCCUAAUGCGUACACAACAUGCCCACACCCACACAACAGCCUCUUAGACCCAUACCAGGAUAACAGAAACAGGAAGUCAGCCAGCUUCACCUCAAUUUUAAAAUAAUGCCUUUUUGAAUCUUAUUUACUGAAUCCUGUGUAACUUUGGGUAACAUUAUUAUAUGUUCUUCAAAACUUUAAUUUAGUAUAACAAUGAACACACCAAUAUGCAAACAUCUCAUCAUGGCACCCUCUGUUGCCAACAGGAAGUGACACAUGAAGGUCAUUUGUUUAUCCCUCUUACGGCACUGAACCCACACUCAGAUUUUGAACUGAAGUCCUAAUUAAUUGUCACCAACACUGACAUGUUUAAAUCUUCACUGGUGAUGGUGAGCAUUUCAAUAUCUUGCCAGUGUCAUCGGAAGUAGACAUAACUUUGGCAUGAAACAUCUAAUUUCAUUCAAAUUUCAAAUGUAUGAUCGAGGUCUGACCCUCUACACAUCCAGAGGUUAAUUUUAUUGUUUUGCUGUAGUGCCCCCUACUGGCAACAAGGCGUGACACAAUUAGUCUAUUUCUGUAUUCCUAUUACUGAACUGAACUUAUCAAGCUCAGAUUUUGGUAGAAGGCCUCCAUAUUUGUCCACAACAUUGACACGUCUUAUUAAAUGAAGCCUCACUGGUGAUAGCGAGCAUUUAGAUAUCUCGCUAAUUUCACAGGAAGUUGGCCUAAUUCUGAUUAAAAAACAUCUGAUUUGCUUUAAAUUUAUCAUGACUGAUCAGUAUCUGCCCAUCUACAUAUUUAAAUGUUUAUUUGGGUGGAGGUCUGUUGGUGGAUGUGCCAGGUAGGGGGCAGGUAUUAAAAUGCCUGGGUAGGCUUAUUUUACAUUUUGUUGGUCAGUAGGCUCUCACAAACAUAACUGCAAAACUACAAAAAGGGAGUUUUUUUUUCAUGACACCCCCCUUUAAAGUUCAAAAAAAGGAAAAAAUGAUGUAGUAAAGUUUGGAUUUUAGACCUUCAGGGUUCCAAAGUUGCAAUGCAAAAAUAUAAUUGUCUUGUGAUAUAUCAAUAAUUUGACCUCCAAAUAUGACUGAGGUCUACUUUGUAUCCUGACUUGUGAAGGGUGUGAAGUGUUAGCUGCAGCUCUAUGGAGGCCACACCAUCGUCUCUGGUGUUUGAGCAGGAUUAAAGAUGUAGAGGAUGUUGAUCUCAAUUUCAUUAAAGUGCGUUUUAAGGGAAUUUUGUACCAGAUGUGAAGAAAAUAGUCCGAUGUCAAAUCAGCAGUUAUUUUUGGUAUUUGUAAAGUUUUGAUAUAGUUACAUGAGCCCUCACAGAGCAGUUAGUAUUUCUAUAAAGGAGCCAAGCUGUUUGUCGUAAACAUAGUGAUGGAUGUUUUUAUAAAGUUUUAUCUGAACUGUCACCAGCCUGUAACUUAAUAAAGUUCUAU